AUCUCUCAUUUAUUAUGUGCUCUCGCAGUCUCCCUUCUUUGAGAAAUUCAAAACAGACCCGACAUUUAUGUAAACCUCUUAAAAUCAGGAGCUGCCAUCGGAAAAGGAAGAACAAUCUCAUCCAAGCACUUGCUCCGAUCUCUCACAAGCCCACUACUUUCUCGUGUGAGCUCAUCAAAUUGCAAUAAAACCUUCUUCUUCUUCUUCUUUGAUCCCAAAGAAAAAUCACAAAGAAAUUAUGAGCAAGAAGCAAGCAGUGAAUCUGGACGAGGAGCAGAUCGCGGAGUUAAGAGAAAUAUUCCGAUCAUUCGACCGGAACAACGACGGCAGCCUGACGCAGCUGGAGCUGAGCUCGCUGCUGCGGUCGCUGGGGCUGAAACCUAGCGCGGAGCAGGUGGAAGGGUUCAUCCAGAAGGCCGACACCAACAGCAACGGCCUGAUUGAAUUCUCCGAGUUUGUUGCGGUGGUGGCGCCGGAGCUUCUGCCGGCGAGGUCGCCGUACACGGAGGAGCAGCUGCGGCAGCUUUUCAGGGUGUUCGACCGCGACGGGAAUGGGUUCAUCACCGCGGCGGAGCUGGCUCACUCCAUGGCCAAGCUCGGCCACGCUCUCACGGCGGAGGAGUUGACGGGGAUGAUCAAGGAGGCUGAUGCGGAUGGUGAUGGUAUGAUCAGUUUCCAGGAGUUUGCUCACGCUAUUUCUUCUGCGGCUUUUGAUAAUUCUUGGGCUUAGCUUAAUCACUUUUGCUUAAUUAAUUUACUUUUUACAGAUCUGUUUCCCUUCUUUCAAUUUCUAAACAACACAAGAUGAAUCAAUAAAUUCCUUAUUUAUAUAUAAUAGUAGUUUCUGUUUAAGAUAGAGUGUCCAUCGUGUUCCUCUUUUACAAAUAGUUGUACUAUACCUUUUUGAUUCAGUAAUAAAUUAUUAGUAGUUAGUCGCCAA